AUGACUGCAAGGCUAAAUCCAUUCUUCUCCGGGACUGGCUGUCCAGAACUGCGGGGUGUCCCCUCUCCUUUUGUCUUGUGUCGGGUCAGAUGGAAAGAAAUUGAGUUCUUCCUUCCCGACAGCAAAAGUUGUUAUAAUGCCAUCCCCACGGCUAGAGAUUCCCUUCCUCUUCUCACCGCCGCUACCGUUAAUUUUGAGUCAGGAGAACGACCGUUUAAUCUAUUCUCAGUGGCCUCACAGCUCUCAACACUUCGUAUCAACAAUAUCCGCCUGGUCAAUGUCCUGGCUCCGUGGCACCAAUUAAAGGAAUUCAUUUCGCAUGAUAUUUGGCUGCAUGAAGUUCGUGAAUUUCUUCAAAAGGUGCCUAAUAUCGUUCGCUGCACACUCACCUGUGGUGGGUCAUCCAUCCAGGGUCAACAGCAAGACGUGUUUGUGCGGCCCCUCGUGUUGGAAUGUCUGGAGUAUCUCAGCCUCAACAUUAUUUCAAAUGGGGUUGGGAUAACUCAGAUGUUGGAGUCAGUCGAGCUACCUUCCCUUCGUGAGGUCUACCUCUGCAAUUCUUCUUCAUCGCCAACGGCCAUCUUGCCUACAAUCAUGAUGUCAUUUUGCUCCUCGCAUCUCUUGGAAAAGGUCACUCUUACAGGUGAAAUUACUUCCGAUGAUGAAUUGUUCCAGGUUUUGGGUUGUAUCCCAUCUACAAAGGAAUUAAUCCUCGAAUUUGAUGAGGAUCCAGACGUUCAGCUACUCACAGCAAGGCUCCUUCAACAACUCUAUCCACCCCAUGCAGAUAUUCUUCUUCCGAAUCUGCGUAGCUUCGCGUACUAUGGCUCUAGUACAUUGGACGAACACAUGCAUUUGUUCCGCGAUAUGCUUGUGUACAGGUUCCGACAGUGCGCUUUGCGACCGGCCGAAGUGGACUCAAACCGAGCGACUGUAUCCCAGAUUCAAUCAGUGGCUGUGAUUACCCUGUAUAGCCUUGUCAUGGGUCCGGACAUACAAGAAGAAUUAGAUUGCCUUGUGAAAGAAGGCCUUGAACUUUCGUUAACAUCAGUACUAGCCGAUGGGAUGCCGAGUCAACCGGCAACGGUCACGUCGUCGUCUUCCGAGUCGGCGUCAAGUGAUUCUCCUGUCCUUUCACUCGUCGCCCAUGACUACAUGCUCCCUCCAUCACGUUUCUCAUUACUCGCUCCCUGUUCCUUAACAUCGCGACGUCAAAACGUUACAUCAGGAAAACGUCCGAUUGAACCCCACCAUUAUAAAGCCCCAGACGGUGGAAAAUGUGAUCUUCCUGCAAAAUUCAUCCUAGAAUUCAUGCAGGACGGGCGUACUCCCGACCGUGUUGCCCUCACCCGCCUCUCCAACUGUCCUGCACAAGUAUACUCAAAUCUUUGGAUGGUUCUUCACAACCCCAAUUCACACUCAUCACCGACCACGCGGCCCUACAAUGGGCAAAGACAUGAGAUUUCCAACCAACAACACGCUGCAUGGGGUACAGUCUUUUCAGCUUGCGCUCCAAAUAUCUCCCUCGUUCAUCGUCCGGGCAGAAAGCAUUCGAACCUAGACCCUCUUUCCAGACUGUAUCGAGCCCCUCCUCCACAGGAUUCUCCAGCGAGGGGCAAUACGGUGGCCUUAGAAAUGAGCCCUACCCACAUUGACUUCUCUGCGAAUCCUUCCUUGGGCAAGGCGGUGUUUAUGGCGCUCAGCAUAAACGAUUCAAGUCUAGAGGGAGUCAAAGAAGCCAUCCCUGCCGUUCCUGACUCCACCAUUGACUUGCCCACUUUCACGGCAACAUCCCAUUCGGCAGUUCCGCGCCAAACAUGUUCAUCCACUCUCACCACAGCGCCACGCUAUGCACUUGCUUGUACUACAAGAAAAGUUGAAGACCACGCACAACAAUGA